AGAAGGUCAAGAGAGGAGAGCAGAAAACCGAGUGGACAGGACAGAGUGUAGCCAUUCCCAAAGCACGGAGAGGACACGUAGGGCCGGGCUCCUCAAUCUCUUGUUUUCUUAUCUCACCCUUUAGGAGAGGAAGAUAAGCAUGUCCAAGACAGGAGAGAGGACCCCCUCUACAACUUCAGUCAGCUCUGUGGUGUCAAAAGACAGCAAAGAUGGCGACUCUAAACAAGGCGUGUCUCAAGACUCCCCGACGGGUUCAGUCUCCGAUACGCCCAAGAAAUCUUCAAAGAAAUCCAAAAAAACCACAGAGAGUAUGACCAAAGUCUACAACUCCGUGCUCAACAGUGUUUUUGGAGCGGAAAGAGAACUGGCUCAGGCUGAGUUGGAUGAGCUGCAGGAGGCCUUCAAAGAGUUUGACUAUGACCAAGAUGGAUACCUGAACUACAAGGAUGUGGCUGAGUGUAUGAGGACGAUGGGAUACAUGCCCACAGAGAUGGAGCUGCUGGAGAUAGUGCAACAGAUCAAGAUGAGAAUGGGCGGAUUAAUGGAUUUUGAGGACUUUACUGAAUUGAUGGGACCCAGGAUGAUGGGAGAGACUGCUGACAUGCUGGGACUCAAGGAGCUGAAAUCUGCCUUUCUACAGUUUGACCUGGAUGGAGAUGGAAAGAUCAACCAGGACGAGAUGAAGGAGGCAGUGAAGACGCUGCUGGGAGAGAAGCUGAAGAAAGGAGAACUGGAGGAGAUCCUGAAGGAGCUGGACAUUAACUCAGAUGGAAUCAUCGACUUUGAAGAGUUCAUCAUGAUGCUCUCCAUUCGCUAGCAGCUGGAAAGACCGACCACAUGGACGCAAUACACAAACACGGAUAGUAAAUUGGAAACCACUCUUUGGUUGCUUAAGUAAUGAGUAUGAUGCAUCACAGCAUCAAAUACACUCCAUGCUGUCAUCUAUUUUUUUGUAGAUGCAUGCUUUUCAUAUAAAUCAUGUAAAUAAGACUAACAUGUUUUGCUAUUUUAAUAAAGAAAUGUAAAUCAA